AUGGUAGCACUCACACCACUCUCAACAUCCUCCGACAGCGUCUCAUCAACACUCGCACAGGCGGUGGAACACACCAUUUCCAUCUCCAUCUCCGCUGUUCUCUCUAUUCAAAAUAAUGAUACCAACAGUACCGAUCUAUUUAACACUAGUACUACUACUACUACCAAUAUGAUGAAUUGCACACAUAAUAGUACGAUGAUGAAUCAUACAAUGUCUGCAAAUUGUUCUUCUUCUUCUUCUUCUGCGCAUAAUAAACACUGUAAAGGAAUGAAACCCCAUUCCCAUUCUCAUUCUCAUAAAACCUGUCCAUUCCUGCAGAUAAACAAAAGCGGUGAAACGAACACUACAGUGUUGUUCACAUCAUCCCCAUCCUUAUUAUCAUCAUCAUCAUCAUCGCACAACUUCUUCCACAACAGCACGUGGCUGCCAUUCACUGCGUGGCUGAUGGCUCUUUUAUUCAUCACAGUAGCGAUGGCGUUUCUCGUUUACCGUUUUCUCUUAGCACGAAGCCCCACACACGGCGAAUAUGAGGAACUGUACAAUGUCGAUCCCCCAGUGGCUGUGAAGUUCCAGAAGAAUGAUGGAAAUGCGGGAAAUAAUAAUAAUAAUAAUAAUAACAGUCAGAACUCCAAAGGGGGAAAUGCAUCGCGGCAACGUUUUUUGGAGUCUCGGCGGGCGGCGGCUCAGAAAUCAUACGGCACCGCAGAUAGUGCACCUUAG